UUCUUGUGUAUCGUUCCCAACUUCCAUGGAGGCGUUCUAAAGACCCAACGUAACCGUUCCACAAUCGUUUCAGCUAAAAAGAGCACUAUUUUGUCAAUGCCAACCAAAAAAACACCCCAUUUCAACGAUUAAAAUCCGUAUAUGUUCACCCUUUCAACCGUUGUUUACAAUUUCACGCGCAUGUGCGAGUGUGUGAGAAAAGCAAACACAAAAAAGCGUCGUUCGUUGCUCGGGACAACUAUUGCUGAUAAGCAAAAAGAGAAUGAUAAGGAGAGGGUGGGUGAUAGUGGCGCAGGGACCGGGAAAUGCCGACAACGCAAACGCAGCCUUUUGAAGGGCUAGUGUCGGGGAAGGAAACGCGUAGCAAUGAGUCAGGCGACGAGGUAGCCCGUAAACUUAUCAGCAGCACCGAAUUCCAGCAUCAUUGACGGCAGAGUGCGAACAGCGAACGGAGAAAGAUUAUUGAUUUCAGCAAUGUGAUGAUGUACGAGAAAAGCAUUAGUACAAAAAAAGAGUUGAGUGUUGAAUUUUGUUAGUCCGGAAAGUGUACCCCCGUUUAGUGUAUUGAUGUUCGGUUCAGUGAAGUGAAGUUCAUCCCGGAAAAACGUGAUUUUCACACGGGUCUAAUCGUUACUCGUUCUCGAAAGAUUGUCCUGCAGGGCUGUGGGCGCGUGUUUGUGUUGGUGUGUGUGUCUUUUGGAAUUUGCGAGGAAUAGCGAAAGGAAAUAAUCAUGCUGAAGCAGGAAAAUCUGGCCGCCAAUUUUUGCGGUUUACUAUCCGUGAACGGCAACAAGGAUGUGGCAAUAGAAUGGCGUAUACUAGGAAAAGAACAGGAUAGCUCCCUGCUCGCGAGCUGGGUAUCGUUUGAUCCCAAAAUUGGGCGGGACGAGCAGCGAACCAAUGUGGGCAUUUACAUGCCGAAAAACAAAACGUUCGAGGUGCUGUACACCUUCCCGGGCAGGGAAAACGUAAUUCAGGCUUCGGUCAACCUAACCCACACCCUGCUGCUCUACGUUACGAAAGAGAUUAAGCAAGACGAAUCCGGCCGUAACUGUGACGUUUAUCGGGCCUUCUUGGUGGAGGUGCGACCGAAGGUGGAAUCGGUACGACCACAUCUGCUAGUCGCUGUGGAGCGUAACCGGCAGGUGAUGGCCACAUUCCUGUGGCGCAAGCUGUCCACCUUCGAGAAGAACUAUCAGGACAAAUUUCUACUGCUGGUGCACCACGAGCACGUGGUGCUGUAUACAGCGUCGUUACGAAAAAUCGAACCACCAUCGGGGGACGGAAGCUUUGAGCAUGAGCUCGCUUCUAGCGGCAGUAGUAGCAGGAUCGAUUACACUAACCCAAACGCCUGGGAGUUGGACCGGGAUGCAAUGAAGCAUGAAACACUGACGAAAGCGUUCAUAUGGGCUCAGUGGGACCCGGCCGUUCAAGCGCUGUACUACAUUCACCUCAAACCAACCGCCAGAACCAUCUUCGAAAAGGAGGACGAAGCGUCCGGCGAACACGGGGACGCGUCCAGCCGUCUCCAGCCAACCCUUUCCGCGUUCCAGUUUCAUGACGAUCUGCCGACCGAGACGGUGCUAAACAUACCGCUUAAUUUGCCGAAAAUUCCUUCCUCCAGCAGCGAGGACAUUUACGAGGAUGAUACGGUGCCGCUGCGCAUACACGACUCCUCGCUCAAUCUGGUCAUAGUGAGCGAUGAGUCGGGGAUGCUUUUCGUCUGCCACUACUAUCUCUAUCAACCGAUCAAGCAGCAGGAAGAGGAAGCGCAAUCGAACGGCACGGCGCAGAACAUUUUCGACGUACAUUUCGCGUACUCGGUCACGAUCCUGCACCACGGGUGCGUCAUACACUGCGUCAUGCCGGGCAUACCGUGGGAGAAGGCGAAACUGAUGAAGCCAACGUUCACGCUGCACGGGGACCAUCAUGUGCUGGUGUUUCAGGCCGACCUGUUCAUGCACCUGCUCGAUGUGGGCCUGUCCCAUGAACCGUCGUGCCAUAUCGUGUGCGCACCGUUUACGCGGGCACCCAUCACGCAGCUGGUGCCGUGCUUUGCGACGAACAACAUUUGCUACGAUUCGGCCACGCUGGAUCUGAUCUCGAUCACGAUACCGAAAUCGCACCUGAUCGAUGCGUUCCGGAACGAUACGUCGAUCGAUAAUCGGCUGGCGAUCGUGCACUACUUUCUGGCCCAUUCGACUGGGGGUGAUAUUAUUGAAAUCUUUUCCGAGAUAUUAAGCAUCAUCAUGGAGCGUCCGCUCCAUCUGGACACGGUACCCUUGCUCAAAGAGGCUCUCGUGGCCGGUACAUACGCUUCGGCGAAGAAAGGGCUCACCCACGAUCAGCUCGCCCUGUUCCGCUUGCUUCCCCUAACGACCUGCAGCACAGCGAAACCGAUCGAGGCCAGGGUGGGCAAGCUGAACGUCGGUCUGUCGCACGAAACGCUCUACAACACGUCGAUGAUGUUGCUGUCGCCCCAGCAGCGGCUUUCCCCGUUUCGCAAAGACAUCUGGACCCAGCUGUGGGAUCGGCUAAGCGAGAACGGGGGCAGCAGCAAGGAGCGACCCCGCUUCCACCAGGACCAGGUGCGCGAGAAGCUAAUGUACUCGCUGGCCUGCUACCAGCCGGAAGCGCUCUCCCGCUGCACCACCCCAAUGUCACCGGCCAACCCGAUCGGUGGAUCGUUCGGGGUGGACUUUACGGGGGGUGGCGGUUCGGCCAGCGCCCGGACCCGGCUGCAGAACGAUCUACCGUUUACGGAAACGGAAGCAUGUACGGCCAACAAGCAGGAGCUGGUGCUGAACGUGAAUCUGCGCGAGCUGAGCAUGCAUUUGGUAAAGCACAGCGUGAAGGAGGUGACCGGCUUCCGGUGGCUAAAGAACGCUUUCCACGACACAAAUCCGGCCACCUCGCAUGUACACGCCGUCGCAACGCGAUACGUUGCCGCCCAGCUCGAACAAUCGCGAGCGCUCUGUGUGCUGGUGUGCCGUACGGCCGGGCUGGACCAUGCACUCGCGAUCGAGGGUACGGAAAGCCGUGGGUUUGCGCUGAUCGAUCAGCUCGAACGGGCACUGCAGGUACGGCUGUUUGCCAUGCUGGAGCGGUACUGUUUGGCGGUGGAAACGUUGGCCUUUCCGUUGCCGCUCGGCUUUUGCUCGUUCUUUUCGUACCUCGGCUACCGGGCCCUGCCGUUCGACAGCUUCAUGCAGUACGUCGAGCAUCACGUGUUCGAGCUGCAGAUCGACGUGGUGAAGGUAAUCUUUGCCGACAUCGAGGACACGCCCGACGGCAUUCGACAGAAGCUGAACCUGCUGAUGAUACUGCCCCGAUCGAGGGCGCGACGGUUGCUGAACGGCUGGAACCAUCCGGUGAGUGCGAUGCUGCGCGGGCGCGAGCACGCCAUGAACAUCCUGUCCGGCAACUCGGUGCAUCCGCGCGGUUCGGCACACCACAAAAAGCGGGACUAUCAACCGAAAGUUUCCGCAUGCUUUAGCAACUGCUGUGAGCGAAUGAUUGCUUUCCUUGCCUGUGGCACGCUUGCUGCCGCUAAAGACCAUUUCCCACCAUCACCAUUGCAUGCGAAUCGUGUCAUUCGGAAACCAUCAUCCUUACAUUCCUCUUCCUCGGAGGUUUGCUGCUCGCCCGCAUCAUCAUCCGAGCUGCUCGAUCACGAGGAAAAUUCAUCCCGUUCGCGCAAUCUGCGCACUUACGCGAGCCUAAACGCGCUCCGGCUGGUAACCUCGCCCUCGUCGCUGGUCGACCUCGAGGCGGGCUUAACCGGGAGCGGUAGCGAUGGCAAGGAUGAACAGCCCAAUGUAACGAGCGUGUUCGGCAGUACGUCACCGAUUCGGUGGGCACGGGCGCACUGCCAGCGAUUUCGCUGCACCUCAUCUACGUCCUCGUUUCUCAUGCAGCUUUGUCGCGACACGCCGGACAAAGCUGUCCGUCUGGCGAGACGCGGUGAUGUAGCGGAACGAAACGCACGGCUGGAAUCGUGCCGCGGCCGAGCGGCUGCAGCGUUGGUGUUCGGCGUUGGCUACCUAAUUGUGGCCAGCACAGUCGUUGCGGUGGUCGUGUUUGUUAUGCUAGAUUUCCGCGUGGCAGCGUCCGUUGCGCGAUCUCAGCCAAGGGUUAGGUGCGGCCCGGAAGCUUCAGCAACCGUUGGACAAUUUUCUCGACCUGCUUACCGCCAAAGCUAACCUUAACGAACUUGACUUUAAUCUGCUAAUCGAAACCACGCUUACGUCCGUCGAGAACUUCCACGUGUAAUGUGGGAGGAGAAUGCUGGAAACAUUCCAAUUAUUCCACCUCUCAUCGGGUGGAGGAUAAGGACACUCCGACUGGUUCCAUUUGGCUGGUUAGCAGCAACUUAAACGUUCAAAUAACACGACGGUAAUAUUGGCGGGGUUCCGUCACGGUUUGAUUUCUGUCGCACAACGUUAUCCGUAAGUUCUAAAGUGAUCAAUAGACUGAUGUCACUCUCUAUAGCCGUGUCUUCACUCGUCUCCAAGCGGUCUUUUGCUUUAAGGGGUCUUAUCUGCUACGAAACAGCUACAUAAGCCGGAGACAAAUCAUCAUUUGAUUUGCUUAAUUAACUGACUGCAAGUAAAUUAAAGACCAAAAGUCGGUCAAACUAGCAGGCAAAUGAUUUAGCACAAUUAGCACGCCACUGUAAGCCCCGCACAGGAUACUCACAAUUCUAAUCUCAGCCGAAAGUGGCAAAGAAUUAUGCGUAGCGUCAUCAUUAAAAGCAUUCAGCAGAUUGAAGAAAAUGUUAACAAAUACAUGUUUUGUUCAGUCACUUUCAAGCUUGUUUUUUUAUUGUUUCGUAGUGUCCUACUACUGGCAGGUUAAUUUUGGGAUGGAGAAACUAAAUCAAAAAUAAAUCAUUAAUCAAACCAAAAUACAUCAAUCGACUAUCUCUAA